GUACAUAAUAGAACCCAAAUAUUGUUAAGGACACAUGAUUUCAUGCAUCUAUUUCAUCUUGAUGUUACUUGCAUGUAUAUACAGGAAACCGUUGAUAAGGUUGGGGGCAAACACGCCUGCUAGAGCAGAGAGAAUGGGUCGACGGAGCGACUUUGAUCAGUACACGCCAGGGGGAGCGGGGCAGUUGAUGCCGUGCAGGAGUGGGGAGACGAGCGAGGUGGUGCUGUACUUCGGGGUCAUCGAUAUACUGCAAGACUACGACAUCAGCAAGAAGCUGGAGCAUGCAUACAAGUCGUUGCAGGUGGAUCCAGCGUCGAUCUCGGCGGUGGAUCCCAAGCUCUACUCCAAGAGGUUCAGGGAUUUCAUCGGGCGAAUAUUCAUCGAGGACAGGUAGCAAACUAUAAGAUCCUUUUGCUUCUGUGUGUCCUUUAAAUUAUAGACCGCCCAUUGUGUGGUUUUGGGGGCAGAGAAAUGAAUGCCCUUAAAUGGUGGGAGAUGGGGCAUUUAAGUAGAGUAAGUAAGGAUGAAGAUGAAGGGAGAGGGGAACAAUACUACUACACUACAUGAUGCGCACCAGACCAGGGCAAGCCGUGAUCUAUUAAUUAAUGAAGAGAAUCAAGAAGGGCUUAGCUGGCUGGCUGGCUGGAUGGCUGAGUUUUGGGAAGUUGGGCCAUGGGGAUUGCUCAUGGGAGAUUUGGGGAUUUGGGGAAGGUGAUGAUGACAAAUGGUGGUGUUUGUAAAUUGAAUGGGGGGAGAGUGGGAGUUGGUUCUUUUCUCUGUGGGGAUGGAUGGAUGGAUGUGAUUCCAUUGCUCCUUUUGGUUCUCUUUUUGGGUUCUGUAUUGCUGGUUUAGGGUUUGCACUGUCACUAGAUUAGAGGGAGGGUUAUUUUGGGAAGGAAGUUUUGUUUUUUGGGGAUAUGGUUAAAAGAGGAUUGGUAAAUGGUGGGGUUGGGGGGGAAAAAUGGGCUGUAAAUUUUUUCCCCUGGGGAGGUGGUGGAAGAUUCAAAUAAAGGGAAGUGUACAGCUUAUAGGAAUGACAGAUUGAAUCCAGAAGAAAAAAAAAGGUAAAAAUGAAACAGUGAAAAAAGAAAGUUGAUGGAUGAAUGAAUGAAUGGAUGGAUGAGCAGUUUUUUAGUUAAAUUUAUGUCUGCCUUUGUUCUUUUUUACCUUUCUGGUAACUAGUAUAUUAAUUACUGGUUGAGGAUUGAGACAGGAGAGAAGAGUCAGUGUGGAUAUGUUACCCUUUAUCAGCGGAUUUCAGUGUUUUUUUUUUUUUUUUUGACCGUCCAUUCAGUUGUUGCUCAGCUGCUGCUGCUGCUGCAGCCAUUGUUGGGGGUUCUGGAUGGGCAUUUUACACCGUUUUGGUAAUACAUUUGGCUUUAUGAGGAGUGAAAGCGGGUGGGGGGAAGAAGGGAAGGUAAAGGGCAGCCAUGAAAAGGAGAGAAAGGCAAAACCCCAAACCUACUAUUGAAAGAUGCGCUGCCUGCCCCCACUCUGCCCCCUUCCCUUCUUGGUCUUCUUCUCCUUUACUGACCUAGUGACCUCUCUCUCUCUCUCUCUCUCUCUCUCUCUACAGUCACUAUUUUUUAAUGGUGCUAUGCUAAUGCUAUGGAACCAAAACAGUAUACUCCACAUUUUAAAAAGAGGGUUGAUACGAAGAAAGCGUCUAUAGUUUAGACUUUAGAGUUUAUGUCAAAUAUGUCAUCAUAUUUUUGAUGUGACAGUUGUGUUCUAAUAUUUUGGAGAUGAUGACGAUACGGUUCGAACAUUUUGUUGAUCGAUGGACUUAACAGUCAACUAAACGGCAAUCUAUCAUUUUUCGAAUUUGUGCAAACAAGGCGUGCAAGUCAUCAAAUGUAUAAUGAUUUUAUCUAAAAGAAGAGACAUUAUUCAUUUUUUUAUCACGAAAUUAAAAUAAUUAUUUCCUAAAAAAUACUACAUAAAUAUAUAUAUAUAUAUAUAUAUAUAUAUGGCUCACACUCGUAUGCUCCUGACGCAUACUAUGCUGCAGUUUUUCUACACUGUUGAUCUAAUCUAACGACGUUUAUUAAUUGUAAUUAAAUUAUUUAAUUUUA